AUGAAUCUCCGACUCAAAGACAAAAAGUCUCCCAUCGUCGAGCAAGUCUGCUCCGGCACUUCUGGCUCGACGGAGGAGAACCCAAUCGAUGCUGUUAUCAUCGGCGCCGGACCCUCCGGGAUGGUCGCUUUGCGACAGCUCCUCCGGGAUGAUCCUCCCCUGUCCGUCAUGGCCAUCGAUCGCCAGAAGGGCCCGGGAGGGAUCUGGACGGGCCAUAUCCCGGCCUACUCGACGCUGCAGGACCUGAAGUGCGAGUAUGAAGUCCACGGCGUGAAGUUCCCUCAACAAGAACCACAAAGACGGGCACCGCGAGACCAAGUGGCUGAAUUCUGUGAAGCUUAUCACAAUGAGUUUGGCUUGAAGGAACAUGUCCUGUGGCAGCAUGACGUGACUUCGGUCGAGAUGGUGAAGCCCAUGCUUCACCAGGUCAAAGUUGAGCCAUUCGUAGAGGGGCUUGCUGAGGCUGUCACAACGACCAUCUACACCAGGAGUGUUCUGGUCUGCACAGGCCACAACAUCCAUAAAUACGUUCCACAGCUACCCGGUCAAGAAACGGCGACAUUCCCAAUAAAGCACAACAACGAGAUUCGAGAACCUUCGGAGCUUCCAACCUCGGAUAUCAUUGUUAUUGGAGCUGGCCCAUCGGCUAUGGACAUGGUUCAGGAGGCAUGCAUAACGCAGAAGGCAACCAAUGUCCAUGUGGUGGCUCGUAUUGCCCACUGGGGUGCGCCGGACAUGUGGUGGCCAUGGAUGUGGCAAUUCGGAUGGUCCGAGCUACAUCUCCUCCGCGUCCUAUAUCGAAUCCUGCCAAUUUACGUCGUCGAUGCCCUGCUCUACUACCUUAACCUGAUCUGGGCCAUUGUACACGGCAUUCCCGAAUGGCGUCCUCCCGUCCGUGAUCCAGUCUCCAGCAAAGUCGCUUACAUCCUCCGCACUCACCUGCUCCCGCCCUACAGGAACGGUCAAUUCAAAAUCCACAACGACUGCCGCAUCAAACUCAUCGAUGGCGACAAAGUCACCCUGACCGACGGCACCGUGAUCUACCCUAAGAUGAUUGUCGCGGCCACUGGCUGGUCGACCGACUCGUCGUUCCUCCCGGGCGGCACCAAAGCCGGCGAAUAUGACUCCCUUGCGGCUGCAGACAUCCCGAAACCGUUCUAUCUACGCUUUUAUGACCAGGAGCAUCCGGGUAUCUUCUACAUUUCUAUGGCGAAUGGCUUCAUGGCGUACACAGAGAACGCGUCUUUCUUGGCUCAGGCCGUCAACCAGAUCUUGAGGGGAACUUGGACGCCACCGUCGGCCAAGGAGAUGGAGAAAAAUUGCAGAGAGGUGGUUUUGCAUCAUAUCGGGCUGCCAGGUCGCUUGCAGACGGAUCUUGAAGAAGCUGGAUUCAAGGAUCUCCGCACAAAGAACGUCAGAUAG